AUGACGUCUGUGUUGUUCCACCUGCUGCUGCUCGAGUCCAUCCUGAUAUGCGGCGCUGCUAGAGGUCCGCCCAGGGUAUCGGAGCGCGUGUCCCACCGCCAGAGCGUGCGGCUGGGCCGCACGGCGAAACUACCGUGCCCCGUGGAGGGCGACCCCCCGCCGCUCAUCAUGUGGACUAAAGGCGGCCGCAACAUCAACAGCGGCUGGACUCGCUUCCGCGCGCUGCAGCACGGUCUGCGCAUCAAAGAGGUGGAGGCGGACGACGGCGGCUCAUACAUCUGCAAGGCCACCAACGGAUUUGGCAGCGUCAGCGUCAACUACACGCUCAUCAUCAUUGAUGAUUCCGGAGCUGGAACAGCCAACUCAGAUGAUGUUCCAGAGCUGGCCGGGAAGCUGGUGCGUCCUCGCUUCACUCAGCCCGCCAAGAUGAGGAAGCGCGUCAUCGCGCGGCCGGUGGGCAGCUCGGUGCGCCUCAAGUGCGCUGCCAGCGGUAACCCUCGGCCCGACAUCGUGUGGUUCAAAGACGGACGUCCGCUGGCACGCGGCGACGACAGCGGCGGUGAAGAGGAGGGAAAGAAGAAGUGGACUCUGAGUUUGAAGAGCCUCGCGCCGGAGCAUAGCGGAAAAUACACGUGUCGCGUGUCCAACCGAGCGGGGCACAUCAACGCUACCUACAAAGUGGAAGUCAUACAACGCACAAACUCCAAGCCCAUCCUGACGGGAACACACCCGGUCAACACGACGGUGGACUACGGCGGCAGCACGUCCUUCCAGUGUAAAGUGCGCAGCGACGUCAAGCCGGUGAUUCAGUGGCUCAAGCGGGUGGAGGCCGGCGAAGAGAACAAAUUCAACUCCACGCUUGAAGUGGGGGACCACCGUUAUGUGGUCCUGCCCACUGGGGACGUUUGGUCGCGGCCCGACGGCUCGUACCUCAACAAGCUUCUGAUCACUCGUGCCAAAAAGGAGGAUGCCGGCAUGUACAUCUGCUUGGGCGCCAACACCAUGGGAUACAGCUUCAGGAGUGCCUACCUCACUGUCCUUCCAGAUGUGAAGCCCCAAAACAACUUAGUCCUGACCGCCGCCUCGCCCAGCUUACCCUGGCCGGUCAUCAUCGGGAUUCCAGUGGGCGUGGCCUUCGUCCUGGGCACCGCCCUCCUCUGGUUCUGCCAGUCCAAACGUAGCUGCCCAUCUUCUUCCUCCUCGCCUUCCUCGCAAACCUCCUCCGCCGUCCAGCGCCUCCCGGUGGCGGGCCGCGAGCGAGCCUGCCCCGGCGCCGACAAGGAUGGCCUUUCUUACGAGGACUAUUCGGCUCACCAGAACCAGCCGCUGACCUCCUCCAAGCUGUACCUCAAAAUCUACACGCACGACAUUCACACGCACUCGCACGUGGACGGAAAAGUGCACCAACACCAGCACAUUCACUACCAAUGUUAG